GUGCAGCCCUUGACAUAACGAAAAUUCAAACUGAGGGUCGGGCAAACAAAUCGAACCCAAAAUGAGUGCAAACGUUGCAGAAAUAUGUGAGAACACCAAGAUGGGAAGGGAGUAUGCCCUUCUGGGAAAUUACGACACUUCCUUGGUCUAUUAUCAAGGUGUAAUACAGCAAAUACAAAAGCUGCUAACAUCAAUCAAAGAUCCUACAAGAAAGCAGAAGUGGCAACAGGUGCGUCAGGAGAUUGCAACAGAAUAUGAACAUGUGAAGGAUAUAAGUAGCACUCUUGCCAGUUUCAAAGCAGAUAAUGCACGCAGUGAAUACAGGUCUCCUCUUGGAGGUUUUCAUGAAAAUGAGGAGCCAACUAGAGACCCUGAUGUGUGGCCACCACCAACACCUGUAGAGCAUAGGUAA